UCCUUGAAGGGCUUUUUGUCUAUAAUAGGGGACAGUAUUAAUGAGAGAGAGAUUAGAAAGUUUGAAGAGGGGCUAAAUAGCAAAGUAAAGCUGUUAUUGUAUAAGACAUUUAACAAGGUGGUAGAGUUCAAAAAGUACUUGCAUGGGAAAAGUGAUGCUGGGUCUAGAUUAAUGUUUAAGUUCAGGUCAGGCACGCAUGGGCUAAAUGAGGAACUGGGCAGGCAUAGGGGGAGGGAGGGGGUGAAAGAGUGCCUGUUGUGUGAUGAUGAGUGUGAAAGUGUGAGUCAUGUGUUGUGGGAGUGUCCAGCAUAUAGUAGUCUUAGGAGCAAUUUCUUAGUUGCCCUGCAGGGGAAGCUUGGGGAUGAUGGGUUUGAGCAUUUCCAGUCGCUUGAUAGUUUCAGGAAAGCAUCCUUUAUAUUGGGUAGUGAACUGUGGGAGGAUAAUUUUGGUUCUUUGCUUGGCCUUGUUAAAGAUUUUAUUUUGGAUGUUUGGGAGCUAAGAAAGGUUAGGUUAUACGGCGAUAGUCCCUGUGUACAACAAACCCAGUCUCAGAUUGCGUCUGGGGAGCUGCAGGGUGUCGCUGAUGGAAGGGGUGAGUUGAGGUGUCUGGGAGGUGAGACAGACACCUCAUGUUCAUGUUCAUAUGGUGUAUGUUCGUGUGUUAACGGUUCCGCCCAUUGCUCUGGGUGCGUGGUCUAUGGCCCUAGUGCUAUGGCAGCCACCUGAGUAUUAUACUAAAAUGCUUUGUAGGAACUUUCCAAGCAGUCAAUACGUGUCAAUAUCAUUGGCCUUGCAGCAGAAGUGAGACUCUGCAAACUUAUUACCCAGAAAACACAAGGGGUGUACUCAGUGGUCAUGAAUGAAAGCCACUUCAGAGACCUGAUGAUUCAGCACUGUAGACCUCCCCCUGCUAAGGUUCACACAGAAGCAUCUCUCAUAAAAAUGGGUUUUCCAACUCAUUUGCUGAAUGGACCACUAACACCUUGCUUAUGUCAUUUGGAGAAGGCAUCACUCGAAAAGAUAACAGCAGAUGGCUAUUUCUGCCCACAGUGUAACAGCAAAUACUGUGAACUUCCGGUCACCUGCCAAGUGUGUGGACUGACGCUGGUGAAGGCACCUCAUCUUGCAAGGUCUUACUAUCACCUUUUCCCUCUCCCUGCUUUCACAGAAACUCUCUUGGAAAGGUCCAUUUGUGUUGGAUGUCAGAGCAUUGUAACUGAGAAGGUCUAUUCGUGUCCAAAAUGUACCCAACACUUCUGCCUUGACUGCGACCUCUAUAUUCAUGAAACUUUGCACAACUGCCCUGGAUGUUUGUGACCUGUAGUGAAGUAUGAACUUUCUAAUAUGCUAACAUGCGGUUCCCCAUCAUCUUAUGUGUUGGGUAUGUGUGAUAUGGGUCACUA